GAGAGAGAGUAUCAUAAUCUCUUUGAAGCUCCAAGCAAAACAAACCCCAACAGUUGUGAUGGCUGACUUCAGUGGCUCCAAGCAAAGCACACGCCUUUUUCUUUUUCUAAAAUCCAAUACUCCAUCAUCUCACUACAACAAAAACGGAGAAAAUGCCUAUGGGUUUCACUCAAAAAAUCUAUCCCGUCUCCGCAACCUCCCCACCAUUCGCGUGUCCACUGUCCGGUGAAUUUGGGAGUAAUAGUGGAUGUGAAAUGAGAGGGAGAGGGGUGGGUUGGAUAGCAUAGCAAUGGCCCUGAGAGAGAGCCUGUGAGAGAGAAAAGAGGUUUUAAAUUUUAAAAUAUUCUUUUAAUGAAAAAGCAUUAGGGAUUUAAAACCCAUUCUUGAAAGGAAUCUGCUUUUAUUUGUGGCUAAUUUCGAGGAAGAAAAUGAGAAGGGAGUUUUUCGUGGAGGGCUUGAUGGGUUAUUAGAAGAGGAAAAGAGAGAGUGGAGGGGGAGAGAAAGGGAGGAAGAGAGAAGCAAAUGGUACAGAGAUCUUGCAGGAGGAAGAGAGUACGGGUACAGAGACAAAGGGCUACUCUGCAACAAGGCAUGGCACACCUAGGAACGAAGGUGGUAGGGGAAUCGCCUUCACUCAAAAGAGAACCUCUUAAGUUUUCAGCUGGGAAAGUUGCCGCACAGAGGAGGCGGCAACAUGCGGUAACAAUUGGGAAGGAAAGAAGAGAAGCUAUAUUACGCACGAAGCGCUUAUGCAGAGAUGGGGUUGUAGGUGAUAAUGAAGAUCAAGUAGAUGCAGGUAUGAUUCUUGAUGAAGAGGGGGCAGCUUUGGAUGCUCAAACAAAUGAGACUGUGGGGGAACUGAAGUCUGCUCUUCGUAUUCAGGGAAAAGAUGCUUUGAGGAAGAAAUUGGAGGUGCUUCGUACUUUAAGAUGCUUAUUGUCCAAGUCUACAGUACCUCCUGUGGAAACAGCAGUCCAAGCUGGAGUAGUUCCACUUCUUGUUGAAUGCCUAUCUUUUGGAUCGCCAGAUGAGCAGAGAUUCGGCUUCGACAAAGCUCAGCAUGGGCUGAAAUUUAUGUUCAGGAGGAUCUCUCUCUGUUCUAAGGAAGAGUUGCUUGAGGCAGCAUGGUGCCUUACAAAUAUUGCAGCUGGCGAGGCAGAACAAACAAAAGCUUUAUUACCUGCACUACCUCUACUCGUUGCUCAUCUUGGAGACCGAAGCUCAGUUCCCAUUGCUGAGCAGUGUGCCUGGGCUCUAGGAAAUGUUGCUGGGGAAGGAGAAGAGCUCAGAAACAUUUUAAUAGCACAAGGAGCAUUGCCAGCUUUGGCACGUAUGAUGCUUUCAGAUAAUGGUUCAAUGGCAAGAACAGCUGCAUGGGCUCUUUCGAACUUAAUUAAGGGGCCUCAUCCUUGGGCUGCAACAGAGCUAAUAAAGAUUAAUGGUGCCCUUGAUGCAAUUAUUCGCCACAUGAAAAAAGCGGAUGAUGAGCUGGCUACUGAAGUGGCAUGGGUGGUUGUUUAUCUUACUGCUCUUUCAAACUCUGCUACUAGCUUGUUGGUAAACAGUGAUCUUGUUCAGCUUCUUGUGGGAAGGCUAGCAGCUUCAGAAUGUUUACAAUUGCUCAUCCCGGUCUUGCGAAGUAUUGGCAAUCUUGUAGCUUGUGACAGUCAUGUGGCUGAUGAAGUCCUCGCUGCAGGAUAUGGUACCACAGUGUUGAAUGCUUCAGAUAAUGUCAUGGGUGCGCUAGUGAAAUGUUUGAGUAGUGACCAUCGGGUUUUGAAGAAGGAGGCGGCUUGGGUGUUAUCAAAUAUUGCUGCUGGCUCUUUAGCACACAAGCAGUUGAUAUAUUUUUCCGAUGCUCUUCCUUUGUUGCUCCAUCUUUUGUCAACUGCGCCAUUUGAUAUAAGAAAGGAAGUGGCUUAUGCACUGGGGAAUGUCUGUGUUGUUCAAAGUGAAGGUUCUCAUCAACCAAACCUUAUUCUGGACCACCUUGUUUCGCUUGUUGACAGGGGCUGCCUUCCAGGAUUUAUCAGUUUGGUUAGAUCUCCUGAUCUUGAAGCAGCAAGACUUGGAUUGCAAUUCUUGGAAAUGGUCAUGCGUGGUUUGCCAAAUGGUCGGGGCCCAAAGCUUGUGGAGAGGGAGGAUGGGAUUGACGCCAUGGAGAGGUUUCAGUUCCAUGAAAAUGAACAUUUGAGAAGCAUGGCAAAUGAGUUGGUUGAUAAAUACUUUGGGGAGGACCAUGGACAUCUUGAUGAGGAUUAGUUGGUUUGCUGAGAAUCAGUGGUUUGCUGGUAGUGAUUCUCAGCAAUUUCCUUCCUUGUGGGCAAUUUCCUUCCUUGUGGGGUUUCUACUUGCAUGUAAAAUAAUGGGAUUUUGAGAUUCAUAAGUUCGAACUUUUAUUCAUUGUAAUGCGAUACAGCCUUAGGUUUACUGUAAUUUUUUAUAGCAGGCUUAAAUGUUUGGUCCUUUCUUAUUUUCUGACUGCAUGGUGAACUUGUAACUGGCUUCGCUUGAAUGUUAAUUCUGUAUGUAGCCCUUACCUUUCUUGCUCUAAUUUCUAUGUGCAAAUAAUCUAUGCUGAACUUUAUGCAUACUAUCCAUUCAUUGUCA